GAAUGUGUCAAUUUGCGAGUCGCCGGUUGGCAAAGCGGUCUCUCGUCUCUUACUUUCAACUUUGACAGAAGCCCGGUGUAUUAUACCCGAGGUUGGUGUAGCUAGAUCGAUAUCUUAAUUUAAUAAGCGAACAUGGCCAAGAAACGAAGAGAAAGACGAGAGGCCGAUAGUGUUUCGUUAGUAACGUUACACGAAGAACCGAAGACACAAUUUAACGAGGCACAAACCUUCAAAGAGACUCGAUACACUGGAGGGGGCUCAGCUCGCAUGUCUCUCCUCAUCCUGCUGUCUGUCUUCACCUGCGCUGCUUCUGUCAUGUACCUAGUGUACAGGAAUUUCCCAGAGCUCAACAAUGAUGAGAUGGCUACUAUUAAAAUCCCCAAAGAUAUGGAUGAUGCUAAAGCCUUGGGAACUGUACUUUCCAAAUAUAAAGACACCUACUACACCCAAGUGUUAGUAGCCUACUUUACCACCUAUAUCUUCCUCCAGACAUUUGCAAUCCCUGGAUCCAUCUUCCUCAGCAUCCUGUCUGGUUAUCUCUACCCCUUCCCCCUGGCUCUUUUCCUCGUCUGCCUGUGCUCUGGCCUGGGAGCUUCCUUCUGCUACAUGCUAUCUUAUCUAGUGGGGCGACCAGUGGUCUACAGAUACCUGACAGAGAGAGCCCAGAAAUGGUCCCAGCAGGUAGACAAGCACAGAGAUCAUCUCAUCAAUUACAUCAUAUUUCUGAGGAUCACUCCCUUUCUCCCCAACUGGUUCAUCAACAUCACCUCACCCGUCAUCAACGUGCCUUUGGGGGUCUUCUUCCUUGGUACUUUCUUUGGAGUGGCCCCACCGUCCUUCGUGGCGAUCAACGCUGGUACAACACUGUAUAAACUGACGACAGCUGGGGAGGCAGUGUCCUGGAACUCUCUGAUUGUGCUAGGUGUCCUGGCCGUACUCUCUAUCCUGCCUGUCUGCUUCCAGAAGAAACUGCAGCAGAAGAUGGAGUAGGCAUUAGACAACUCAGCAACUCAUCUGCCUGCCUGAUCCCCCAGCCCAUCCCUUGGCUCAGGAAUGGUACACCCCGCUGUCACUCACAUAGUCCUGCCUGUUGCUGUCCCACACACCUGCUGAGGUUGCUGUGGAAACAUUGCCCGUUGACACAACCCUGACUCAUGUUCCCAAAACAUGUUGUUGUGGCCACCUCAACUUUGUGCUCUACAAAUGACUAACUGGCCUCUGCUCAUCCUUGGGUUUGUUUUCCCAUAUUUGUUAAAUGUUGCUUGCCUGUAAAUUGAAGAUUUUAAGAAAGGAUACAGAAAACA